AUGGCCGCGACAAUGCUCGACGCGUCGCUCACUACCCAAGAGGCCCUGAGCGGCGUCUUCGGCUCCAUCUCGCUAGCCGCUUGGAUCUUCCUUCUGGUUCCCCAACUGGUCGAGAACUACAAGCAGGGCUCGGCCGAUGGAAUCUCCAUUGCCUUCCUCGCCGUCUGGUUCGUCGGUGACAUCACCAACCUCAUCGGCGCCGCCUGGGCUGGCCUGGUGCCCACCGUGGUAGCUCUCGCUGUAUACUUCUGUUUCGCCGAUCUCGUCCUGAUCGCCCAAUGCCUGUACUACAACAUCCGAAACGCUCGCCGCGUGCGCAAGGUGUCCGAGGCUUCGUCGCGCGACAGCGUGGAGCAGCCGCUCCUGGGCCGCCGGGACAGCGACAACUUGGGCCUGCCCGGCUCGCGCCGUCGUUCCAGCGCCGCCUCCCGUCGCAGGGACAGCGCAGGCCACGUCGACGCAUUGACGGGCAUUGCCGAGGAAGAGGGCGGUGCCUCGGAGUGGAAGAAGAACACGCUGAGCAUUCUGGGCGUGUGCCUGGCAGGUGCCGUCGGUUGGGCCGUCGCUUGGGCUACGGGGGUGUGGAGACCCACUCCCGUUGAUGCCGGAGCUGGCAACGAGGAGAUUGCUCCGGGCGCUCAGGUCCUGGGUUACGCCAGCGCCGUGUGUUACCUCGGUGCUCGCCUGCCGCAGAUCUACAAGAACUGGCGGGAGCAGUCCUGCGAGGGUCUGUCCUUGUUAUUUUUCCUGCUGUCCCUGCUGGGCAACCUGACGUAUGGCAUGGGGAUCCUGUUUCACUCUCUCGAAAAGGAGUAUUUCUUGAUCAACCUGCCGUGGCUGAUUGGCUCGCUGGGAACAAUGGUCGAAGACGUCACCAUCUUUUUCCAGUUCCGCCUCUACGGCGACAAGUCCCAGCAGUCUGCAGCCGUAUAA